AUGAAAAAUUUGAUUUUCAUUUGCUUAUUAGCUAUGGUCUUAGCAUAGCAAGUUUAAUACACAAACAGAUGUAAUGAUUGUGGAUAAUUAAAAUCACAGAAUGAUUGUGAAUAAGAAGUAACAGUUACAGGAGCUUGUGAAUGGGUGGCUGCAUCAGGAACAACAGCAGCAAAAUGCUAAAAGAAAACAACAGUCGAUCCAGUUGCUUCAUUCAAACCUUAUUGUGAACUUGUUGAUAAGCCUGAAGCCAACUGUGCUAAAACUUUUGGAUGUGCUUAUGUUGACUCAAAAUGUACACAUUUUACAGGAUGUCCAGCAUAUGUUAAAACUACAACAACAGACUGCUAGGCUAUAUCCUAUUUUUGUGUUAGUGAUGGAAAUGCAUGUAUUGAAGCUAAGGAGUGCAAGGCUUACACAUAAUAAUAAUGUGAGUCUACUCCAAGUAUCUCAGGAAUCUUGAAAUGUAAAUGGGAUACAACUGCUGGAGCUUGCAGAGAUUAUGCUUGCUCAGAGGCUGAUGCCACUCUAAAUACAGAUACCAAAUGUUCAGAUUGGUUAGCUGGUUGUGUGACAAAAGGAUAAGGUUGUGUUAAUGCUCCCAGACCUGCAUGUGCUACAUACACUGGAGAUGAUGCUGCUUGUUAAUCAUUCAUUGGAUCAGAUGGAAAUUGUGAAUUAGCAACUGGAACAACAAACUGUAAAGCCAAGGAAUGCGCAAAUGCACCAACAUCAUUAGCAUCUGAUGAUGACUGUAAGGCUUAUUAGAAAGGAUGUAUCACAACAGGAAAAGGUUGUGUUUUGGCAACAACAAAACCAUUAUGUUCAACCUAUUCAGGUGAUAACACUACUUGUGUUGGAUAUCUUGGAUCAGAUGGAGUUUGUGAAGGUGAUGCUGGAGGUUCUAAAUGUAGAGCAAGAAAAUGCGAAAAUGGAGCAUUCAAUACUGAUGAACUUUGCAAAUAAUAUUAAAGCAGUUGUAAGACAAAUGGAAAAACAUGUGUUUCAGCAUUAUCAGCUUGUAAUACAUAUAAAGGAACAGCCACUACUUGUGCUGUCUACAUUGGUACUGAUGGAUAUUGUAAAGGAACAAGUACAACAACUGAAGCAUCAUGUGCACCAAAGGUUUGUGACGAAGCUCCAGAUACAACUACAACAGAUGAUGCAUGUGCCAAAUAUUAAGUUGGAUGUGUUACUACAGGAAAAGGAUGUGUUACUAAGGCUAAUUUGAAAUCCUGUACUUCUUAUGAUGGAGAUACUACAAGUUGCUAAUCUAGAGUAGGAACUGAAGGAAAAUGUACGUGGAAGAGUGGAACCAAAUGUGUUGCUAGAGAUUGCGCUUCUGCUGCUAGUAAUGUUAAUACUAACCCACUUUGUGCCAAUUAUUUCACUAAUUGUGUUACAACAGGAUCUGGAUGUGUUUCAUAAACUACUUGUGAUGCAACUGUCAAAUAAUAAAGUUGUGAAGGUACUAAUAAUUGCUCAUGGUAACCAAUUUGUACUAGUAAUACAGCCUGCAGUGAUUAUAAGAAAAAAUCAAUUUGUUUAGCAAAUUAAGCUAGAAUCAAAACAUAAGAUGGAGUAGAUGAUUAAGGAAAUCCAAAAUACAUUUAUGUAACAGGAAAAUGUGGUUGGUUGAAUAAUGCUUGCAAAGAUUUGGCUUGUUCAGAUUUAACAGGAGCGUAUUACAAUACUGAUGCAAAUUGUGCAGCAGAACUAUCAACCUGUAUUAGUAAUAGAGUUGAUGCUUGCAUAACCAAAUAUGACUGUAGCAAACUUCUUGGAACAUAAUCAACAUGUUUAAGUUAUCCAGGAUAUUGUACUAAUGUUGCUUCAGCUACAGAUACAACACCUUGUGUGUCAAGAAAAUGUGCAGAUAAUACAGAUGCAACAGAUAAUGCUACAUGCGCUACUUUCUUACCAGGAUGUAUUAGUAGUGGAAAAGGUUGUGUUGACUACACUACUCCAUGCACAUCAAUGAAAGGAACCUAAGAAAAUUGCAAUAAGCUAUUUGCUUAUAAGAGUGGAUCAAGCACCAACUUUACAACAUAUUAAUGCUACAAUAGUGCAAGUGCAACUGAUAGUGAUUUUUGCAAAGUAAAAACUUGCAAGUUGGCUGAAAACUAGACUGAUGGUUCAUGUGGAUCAUUUUUAGAUGGAUGUGUCUAUAAUGGUAAUGCAGGCUGUGUUGAUCCUAAGGCUGCUGACACAACUUGUGCAAGUUACACAGGUGUCGCUGCAUUUUGUGAAUCAGCAAUUGUAGGAACCAAUAGUUCAAAAUAUUGCUUCGGAACAGCUACAUCAGGUGCUUGCAAAACUAGAGAAUGUACAGAUAAUACAACAGCCACAAAAGAUGAGGAUUGUGAGGCUUUCUUGACAGGAUGCAUAGCAAAAUCUGAAGGAGGUUGUGUUGCUAAAUCUGCAAGACAGUGUGCUGCAUAAACAGGAACUGUUGCUACUUGUCCCAAUUUUAGUGGUGGUUUAUCUCCAAGUUGGACAAAGGUUGCAUGCACAAGAUAUGAUACUUGUGCAGAUAGAGUUUGUUCAGACAAAGCAAGUCCUUCAUAAGCUUCAGAUUGCACAGAUUAUAAAUCAACUUGUAGGUUUUUAAAGGCUGGAGCUCCAUGUAUUGAUGCAGGUCUUUGUACUAGUUACUCUACCCCUGAUACUGCUACAACUGAUUAAUAAAAGUUUGAUUAUUGUACAACUAUUAAAGAUAACAGUGGAUAUGUUUGUGGUUGGGCUUCAGGAACAAAGUGUGCAGUUAGAACUUGUGAUUAAUUCUUGAGCACAUUUACUACUUCAUUGACAUGUGUUACAUAUUUAUAAAAGGGUGUUUCAAGUGCAGCAGCUGAUACAUGUAAAUUAGCAGGAACAUUCUGUUAUUUACCAAAUAAGGCAAAUUGUGACUAUGCAUUCCCAACUGGAAUUACUACAGAUGCUUAAAAAUUAACACAAUGUUAGAAAUAUGUGAAUAUAUCUGGAGUGUUUUGCUCNAAGCUAGAAUCAAAACAUAAGAUGGAGUAGAUGAUUAAGGAAAUCCAAAAUACAUUUAUGUAACAGGAAAAUGUGGUUGGUUGAAUAAUGCUUGCAAAGAUUUGGCUUGUUCAGAUUUAACAGGAGCGUAUUACAAUACUGAUGCAAAUUGUGCAGCAGAACUAUCAACCUGUAUUAGUAAUAGAGUUGAUGCUUGCAUAACCAAAUAUGACUGUAGCAAACUUCUUGGAACAUAAUCAACAUGUUUAAGUUAUCCAGGAUAUUGUACUAAUGUUGCUUCAGCUACAGAUACAACACCUUGUGUGUCAAGAAAAUGUGCAGAUAAUACAGAUGCAACAGAUAAUGCUACAUGCGCUACUUUCUUACCAGGAUGUAUUAGUAGUGGAAAAGGUUGUGUUGACUACACUACUCCAUGCACAUCAAUGAAAGGAACCUAAGAAAAUUGCAAUAAGCUAUUUGCUUAUAAGAGUGGAUCAAGCACCAACUUUACAACAUAUUAAUGCUACAAUAGUGCAAGUGCAACUGAUAGUGAUUUUUGCAAAGUAAAAACUUGCAAGUUGGCUGAAAACUAGACUGAUGGUUCAUGUGGAUCAUUUUUAGAUGGAUGUGUCUAUAAUGGUAAUGCAGGCUGUGUUGAUCCUAAGGCUGCUGACACAACUUGUGCAAGUUACACAGGUGUCGCUGCAUUUUGUGAAUCAGCAAUUGUAGGAACCAAUAGUUCAAAAUAUUGCUUCGGAACAGCUACAUCAGGUGCUUGCAAAACUAGAGAAUGUACAGAUAAUACAACAGCCACAAAAGAUGAGGAUUGUGAGGCUUUCUUGACAGGAUGCAUAGCAAAAUCUGAAGGAGGUUGUGUUGCUAAAUCUGCAAGACAGUGUGCUGCAUAAACAGGAACUGUUGCUACUUGUCCCAAUUUUAGUGGUGGUUUAUCUCCAAGUUGGACAAAGGUUGCAUGCACAAGAUAUGAUACUUGUGCAGAUAGAGUUUGUUCAGACAAAGCAAGUCCUUCAUAAGCUUCAGAUUGCACAGAUUAUAAAUCAACUUGUAGGUUUUUAAAGGCUGGAGCUCCAUGUAUUGAUGCAGGUCUUUGUACUAGUUACUCUACCCCUGAUACUGCUACAACUGAUUAAUAAAAGUUUGAUUAUUGUACAACUAUUAAAGAUAACAGUGGAUAUGUUUGUGGUUGGGCUUCAGGAACAAAGUGUGCAGUUAGAACUUGUGAUUAAUUCUUGAGCACAUUUACUACUUCAUUGACAUGUGUUACAUAUUUAUAAAAGGGUGUUUCAAGUGCAGCAGCUGAUACAUGUAAAUUAGCAGGAACAUUCUGUUAUUUACCAAAUAAGGCAAAUUGUGACUAUGCAUUCCCAACUGGAAUUACUACAGAUGCUUAAAAAUUAACACAAUGUUAGAAAUAUGUGAAUAUAUCUGGAGUGUUUUGCUCAUUUAAGACAGGUGAUGCAACUUGUACUUAACAAGACAAAUGUGAAAAAUUAGUUUCUUAAACAUCUGCUUAAGUUUGUAAUGAUGUUUUAGGUUACUCUAACGGAAUAUGCUAAAAAGUGAGUAACACAGGUUGCUUAUCAACUGUUGCUGCUUGCGGAAGUUAUACCUUAGAUUCCUCACUAAGUGAUGCUAAUAAAAAGGCUGCUUGUGAAUCUUUGAAACUUGUUAAUGAUGUUACAAAAUUCGGUUUAGGAACUGCAACAUAUACAGGAUGUACAUGGUCGACUGGUAAUACAUGCACAGCAUACACUUGUGCUACUAUCUCCUCAGCUACAAGUUAAAAAGAUUGUGACAGCAAAUUUUCAGGAUGUUAUUAUUAUGCUGGAAAAUGCUAUGCAGCAGUUGCAGCUGGCUCUUGUCCAACAGUUUUCCCAUCUGAUGCAGACACAGAUACUAAGAAGGCUAAUUAUUGUAAGUCAGUGUAUGAAACUACUAAAGGAUAUUGUGAAAUUAAAGCUGAUGGCACAGGUUGUCAAACUCCAGCAAAUGCUGAUUGCGUUCUCACAUUAUCUUCUGCUUGGACCAAAGCUACCUUUGAUGGAGCUACUCCAACAACUGAUGCAUUUUGCAUUACCCAAUCUAUUAAAGACAAAACUAAAUAUUGUAUCAAAGAUGACGCAGCCAAGUGUAAAGCAGGAACUUGUGAAAACAUUACAGCAACUAGUUAAAAUGAUUGUGAUCUACAUUUAACUGGAUGUGUAUUCUCAGCUGGUAAAUGUAGAACACCAAAAGGUGGUAUUUCUGUUGUUGGAGACUGUGCUGACACAUCUAAACUUCCUUUUACAGAUGCCACAGGUUUGGCAGGUAGCGCUAAAACUGCAUAUUGCUAAAUCUUUUCAAAAGAUGGAGCAACUGUAUUCUGCACAUACGAUGAAUUUCAUGCGACAACUUAAACAGCUUGUGUAGCUGCAGGAAACUGUGACUCAUAUACAACAUUACCCGCCGGUGAUGCAGCUAGAUAAACCUAUUGCUUGAGUAAAAUAAAUUCCACUGGUAAAAAAUGUGGAUUUACAGCUGGAGCCGCUAAAUGCAGAGAUUUUGAUUGUUAAGAUAUUGCAAGUCCAACAUCUUAAGUUGAUUGUGACCUCUAAGCAAAUUCAUUAAAAUGUGUUUAUUAUAAAGGAACUUGUGUAAAUGAUGAUAAUACUUGUGAUAAAGUUCCAGCCGUUGGAACCUCAGCAGAUGAUAAAAGAUCAUACUGUGCGGGUACAUCACUUGCAGAUACAUGUACUUAUGCCGUUGGUACUUACUGUGUAAAGUAAGAUACAUGCGAUACAUAUGAUGUGACAGAUGCAACAGAUAAAGCAGCUGCUUGUGGAGCUUUAUCUGACGGAACUAAUAAAUGCACAUUUAUUCAAGGUACUAAGUGUGUCACAGUGGAUAUUUGUAGUAAAUACGAUGGAACAACUACAGCAGCUCUUGGACCCGCAUCUGGUUCAGAAGAAGCAUAAUGUAAAGCCGUUAAAUCAAAAACCAAUUACCCAUGCAUGAAAGAUGCUGAUAAGAAAUGCAAAGCAUAAGCUUGUACCGAUAAUGACGCCAGUGCUACAGAUUGUGCUAAUAAUGCUCCAGAUUGUAUUUAUUAUUCAAGUAAAUGCAUUUCCAAAGAUACUUGUGCAAAUUAUACAGCAUAAGGUAGUGAUGAUGCAGCCAAAUAAACUUGGUGUGAAGGAGUUGCAAAUUCAUCAGGAGAUUUAUGUGCUUGGGAUUCUACAAAUAAAAAGUGUAAAGAUAGAGUAUGCGGUGAUAAAUAAUUCUAUACAGACUUUGAUUGUUCAAGUUACCUCAAAUCUUGCAAGACAAAUGGUUAAACAUGCGUUACUUCAACUACUCAAUGCAAUUCACUUAAUGGAUCCACAGAAUUUUGCAAUCUCUUAUUAGAUACAACAGGAAAAGAUAGAUGUAAACCACUAGCACCAGCUUCUCCAACAGCUGCAGGAGCAUGCACAAAUAAACAAUGCUAUGACAAUGUUACAGCAACAUCUGAUUCUGAAUGUGAUUCUUAUUUGAGUGGAUGUGUCACACGUGGAACAGGAUGCAUUCCAAAUACAGAACAAUGCACAUCCUACAGAGGAACUAAAUUGUAAUGUGAAUAAUUCAAAAGAUACACUGGAUUGGAUGCUAAUAAAAAUCCAACUUAUGAAUAUUGUUCUGGUGAUGCUUCUAAUACUGCCACUGGAAAAUGUAAAGUAAGAACUUGUGCUGAUAAUACUACAGCAACAUCAGAUACUGAUUGUGCUGCUUAUUUGAAAGGAUGUAUUACAAAGGGUACUGGAUGUAUUGAUGCAACAUCAUCUUGCAGUGGAUUUAAAGGAGAUUAGGCCACUUGUGCUAAAUUCAUGGCAAGCUCAGGAAAAGAUUAUUGUUGGAACACUUCAACUGCACUAGUAACAGCUGCUUGCGCAAAGAAGAAGUGCAGUGAUAUUGCUGGUAAAAACAAUAAGGAUUGUAAUGAUGGUAUGCCACCAUUCAAGGCAACAGAUGAUCCUUUCUGUGUCUAUGAUGGAACUGGUUGUAUUGAUUAUGGAAAGAAUUGCAGUACCUUCAAUGGAACUGAAGAAACAUGCCCAACAUAUUUGGCUAAAGAUGGACCAUGCAAAGCUACUACAGUUGGAACAAUCAAAGGAGCAUGUGCUAAGAGAGUAUGCACAGAAGCACCAAAUACACUUGCAACAGAUGCUGAUUGUUAGAAAUAUCAUAAAGAUUGUUAUACAACUGGUUAUGGAUGCUCAUCUGUUAAGAACUGCAGUAAUUUGACAUCAUAAGCCGCUUGUAAAUUAAGAGCAGAAUGCACAUGGGCUAAUUAAUGUACAGCUUCUAUUACUACUUGUGCCACUUACAGUAACACCAGUUACUCGUAAUGUACCAAUUCUAAAGUCAAUGGUAAAUUCUGUGCUUGGACAGAAUCCAACUCAACAUGCAGAGCUUAAACUUGUGAAGAUUAACCAGCAACAAUUGCUUCUCAUGCUCAAUGUUAAAGCUUUGCUGAUACAUGUACUACAUCUGGAGCUGGUUGUUUGACCAUUACAACAUGUGCAUCAUACAAGACUCAAUCAAUCUGUAUUGCUGCCUCAACAACUAAAGAUGGAGUAGGAAGAUGUGGUUGGGAUACUGCAACAAAUAAAUGCAGAGCUAGAGUUUGUGGUGACAAGAACGGUUUAACUGACGAUGAAUGUAACACCUUCCUCGCUGGUUGCAAGACUAAUGGAUAAAGUUGUGUUACUGGAACCUCAUGUACUGAAUUUUCUAAUAAAUAAUUUUGUAUUAAAUCCAACUAUGGACCAUGCCUUUGGGUUAAUGGAUCAUGCUAUGAUUAUGACAGAUGUGAAGAUGCUAUCAAGAAGACACACUCUGAGUGCUAAGGAUUCUCACCAUUGUGCACAACCAAUGGAGACACAUGUAUUCCAAUUACCAAUUGUGCCAGCACAACAUUGAAGGCAUCAUGCGUCGUCGGAACUGAUGGAGCUUGCGGAUGGUUACCAACUGGAAAAUGCUAAAAGUUCGGAUAAUGCACAGAUGCCGUUGCUGCCACCAACGAUGAAUGUCUCUCAUAUGGACCAACUUGUAUUACUGAUGGAACUGCNCUAUGACAAUGUUACAGCAACAUCUGAUUCUGAAUGUGAUUCUUAUUUGAGUGGAUGUGUCACACGUGGAACAGGAUGCAUUCCAAAUACAGAACAAUGCACAUCCUACAGAGGAACUAAAUUGUAAUGUGAAUAAUUCAAAAGAUACACUGGAUUGGAUGCUAAUAAAAAUCCAACUUAUGAAUAUUGUUCUGGUGAUGCUUCUAAUACUGCCACUGGAAAAUGUAAAGUAAGAACUUGUGCUGAUAAUACUACAGCAACAUCAGAUACUGAUUGUGCUGCUUAUUUGAAAGGAUGUAUUACAAAGGGUACUGGAUGUAUUGAUGCAACAUCAUCUUGCAGUGGAUUUAAAGGAGAUUAGGCCACUUGUGCUAAAUUCAUGGCAAGCUCAGGAAAAGAUUAUUGUUGGAACACUUCAACUGCACUAGUAACAGCUGCUUGCGCAAAGAAGAAGUGCAGUGAUAUUGCUGGUAAAAACAAUAAGGAUUGUAAUGAUGGUAUGCCACCAUUCAAGGCAACAGAUGAUCCUUUCUGUGUCUAUGAUGGAACUGGUUGUAUUGAUUAUGGAAAGAAUUGCAGUACCUUCAAUGGAACUGAAGAAACAUGCCCAACAUAUUUGGCUAAAGAUGGACCAUGCAAAGCUACUACAGUUGGAACAAUCAAAGGAGCAUGUGCUAAGAGAGUAUGCACAGAAGCACCAAAUACACUUGCAACAGAUGCUGAUUGUUAGAAAUAUCAUAAAGAUUGUUAUACAACUGGUUAUGGAUGCUCAUCUGUUAAGAACUGCAGUAAUUUGACAUCAUAAGCCGCUUGUAAAUUAAGAGCAGAAUGCACAUGGGCUAAUUAAUGUACAGCUUCUAUUACUACUUGUGCCACUUACAGUAACACCAGUUACUCGUAAUGUACCAAUUCUAAAGUCAAUGGUAAAUUCUGUGCUUGGACAGAAUCCAACUCAACAUGCAGAGCUUAAACUUGUGAAGAUUAACCAGCAACAAUUGCUUCUCAUGCUCAAUGUUAAAGCUUUGCUGAUACAUGUACUACAUCUGGAGCUGGUUGUUUGACCAUUACAACAUGUGCAUCAUACAAGACUCAAUCAAUCUGUAUUGCUGCCUCAACAACUAAAGAUGGAGUAGGAAGAUGUGGUUGGGAUACUGCAACAAAUAAAUGCAGAGCUAGAGUUUGUGGUGACAAGAACGGUUUAACUGACGAUGAAUGUAACACCUUCCUCGCUGGUUGCAAGACUAAUGGAUAAAGUUGUGUUACUGGAACCUCAUGUACUGAAUUUUCUAAUAAAUAAUUUUGUAUUAAAUCCAACUAUGGACCAUGCCUUUGGGUUAAUGGAUCAUGCUAUGAUUAUGACAGAUGUGAAGAUGCUAUCAAGAAGACACACUCUGAGUGCUAAGGAUUCUCACCAUUGUGCACAACCAAUGGAGACACAUGUAUUCCAAUUACCAAUUGUGCCAGCACAACAUUGAAGGCAUCAUGCGUCGUCGGAACUGAUGGAGCUUGCGGAUGGUUACCAACUGGAAAAUGCUAAAAGUUCGGAUAAUGCACAGAUGCCGUUGCUGCCACCAACGAUGAAUGUCUCUCAUAUGGACCAACUUGUAUUACUGAUGGAACUGCUUGCAUUGCUAAAGCAGCUUGUGCUACCUAUAAGACAUAAACAGCAUGUAAUAACCUCGGAACUGAUGGUAUCUGCUAUUGGAAUGCCACUGCUAAUACUUGUAAAUUGAAGGAAUGUGGAGAUGAAUAAAAGGGUACAAACGACUAAUGCAAACUUAUCUCAGUAACUGGAGGAUCUUGCACAACUGAUGGAACCAAAUGUAUCCCAUAUGCUGCUUGCUCAAGCUAUGUUGAAGCUGGUUGUUUCUAUGGAACUGAUGGAGAAUGUAUUUUCGCAUUACCAGUUGGAGCUACUACAGGAACUAAGGCCUGCAGAUAAAAGCAAUGUGAAGAUAUCACUGGAGGAACAUCAAAUGCUAAUUGUAUGGGUGUUAUCACAGGAAAGGCUUGUGUUUCCAAUGGAACAAGUUGCAUUGCCAAGGCUGCCUGCUCAACCUAUAAGACCAUCACAUCUUGCAACGGAGGUGGUUUGGAAAACAGCAAAUCAACUGUUUGUGCUUUCACUCCCACUGGAACUGAUAAGGUUAAUGGAACAUGCAAGACCUUCACAGCUUGUGCCGAUGCUACCAAAGAUAAAUUGGCUUGCACAACCAACCCAACAUGCAAAUGGACUGAAAACUCAACAGGAACAAAUUGUGCUAAUCACGCUUGUGAUACCUUUGCCACCGGAACUGAUUGUCAACCAAUUCCAAGUUUCGAUGGAACCUCAUCCACCGUUUGUGUUCUUUAAAGCGGAAAAUGCGCUGCUGCUGAUCCAGGAACCAUGACUGAUUCCAAGAUUUGCUACACUAAAUCAGCUUACACUUAUAGUUGGAACGCCGCUACUAAUAAAUGUGAAAGUUGCAUUUCAGGAUCUGUCAAUCCAAACAAUUCAAAUGGAACUAACAAUAACACAGAUAAUGGAACAACUACCACCGACAGUGCUUACAUCUUGUCAGUUAUUUCACUCGGUCUUUUGGGAUUAAUGGCAUGA